AGAGCGUUGAAGCUUGAAGGCCAUGACGACCCCAUAUGCAUCGUUUAACACGACUCCGAGCACACCUUCGGGUGCCAACGCUGCACCAAACUAUUUUAUGACGCCGACGCCACCGCCAACUCGGGGCAGACCCAGAGGAUCCGCACCAGGGACUGGCGCGAAACGGGGUCGAAAACCGCGAGGAGGUUCUACUCUAGGAACCAAUUCACCGCGUAUACCUCAAGGAGGCCUUACAAAUGUUAGCAGUACGCAGACAGGAACGAGCUCGAACUAUGUGCACUGGGCAGUGCCAAGCGGGACUGGUCCAGGGGAGGGGAGCACGGCUGGUGGCUCUGGUGGCACUAUACUUCAAGGUGGCGUUUCAGCUAGCCCUGGACAGUCUCCGGCGAUAGGAGGUGCGGCGGGAAGCGGUGGUCAGCAGCUCCGCGAUGGGGCAUCGUCGGCAGCCGCCAUUAGUGGAACCAGCUCACUGCCAACAGGCACUCCAUUGUUGGAUAUGUCCAAACUCAUCAGCUUCCCCGGUGCUGCUAUGUUGUCUGGAGUACCAGCACUUGCUAAUACGCGUCCUGGUCAAGCCCCUGCCGAGGAAGACGGGGAAGGAGACGACGAGCUACUGCCUGCAAUGGCUGACGACGACUACUCCGCCCAGCUGUCAUGGCAGAGUCAGUCUAAAGACAACUUAAA